AUGUCUUCGUCCACUACUCCUACGAAAACUGUUCAGGAAUUUAAUAUUCGCGUGCCAAAAAAUGUACGUAAAAACUAUCAUUUAAUGGCCUUCAAUGCCAGUUUGAAUGUUGACUUUGCCACAUGGCAGGAUGUGAAAUUAGAGAGGGAAAAUGGUGCAGAAACUGCAAAGAAACAUCGCCCGAAGGCUCAACCAUGGGUACUUCAACUAGAGAAAAACACUGCUAAAAAAUUUAAAGGAACACGGCACGGCGGUUUCGAUGAAAAUGCUGCAUUUUAUGCAUUAGUUGAUACUCCUGAUGGAGCUACAGAGGCAUAUCGUAUUAAAGAGUAUUAUAAAUUUCAACCAAUUCAACGUUAUACAACUCUAUCAGCAGAAGAAGCUGAACAUGAAUUUGGAAGACGAAAUAAGAUUCUUAAUUAUUUCAACAUAAUGAUGCGUAAACGGUUAAAGAGAGGUGAUAAAGAAGAGAAAGAAUAUAACGAUAAAAAUGUUGAUGGCAAAAAGUCUGAAUUAAAAAUACGUGAGAUGGUCGAAUGGAUUGAUUCUAAUGAGGAAUCUGAUUCAGAUGAAGGAGAAAGUGAAAGUGAAAAGAAUGAGGAUAGCGUUGGUGAUAAAAAGUCUAAGAAAGGAAAAGAAGGAAGGGAAACAAAAGUGAACCCAGAUAUAGAUAUUGAAGCGUUUGAGCAAUUAGAUGAUGGAGAUGAGGACGAGAAAGAAAUCGAUUAUAAUACGUCAUCAAGUGAAGAGUAA